ACCCGUUUCCACCUCGAAAAGAUUAAAUAUCGAAACAUCAUAACAUCGGCUAACUAGAGUAACUACGUAUGCUAUGAUAGGUCCUGCAACAGGUGCCGCAGUAUUAACGAGGCCGGCGCUAUGGCUAUGAGCCAACACAAGUGGCCCCUCCCAGCGGGUGAACUGGAUGCCCGGUCUGUGGUCUUUGAGCUAGCCAUCCCUCCGUAUUCCAAGGCCUGGAGGGAUGCGACGUGCUUCAUCAUCUACGACCUUCUCCAGUCCCAGUACUCCGGAGGCCGCGAGGGAGAAUAUAAAGUGCGCAUGCGCACCCAUCUCUCUAGUUACUACGACGAUAAUAGCGGCAACCAGGGCCGGAUAGAAUUCGUUUCGACCACGGCGCCCAAUCUAGAAAUACACAUAAGCACCGCGGAAGAGGGGGAUGUUUCGGCCCCUAACGGUAGGACUUACAAGUACUACGAUACGGCGAAAAACCGGUACGUUUCAUCGUUCGUAGCCACGAAGAAAAUUCCGGAGGCUUGCAUGUAUAAGCUAUCAGAGUCGAACGCGGGCCUUCAACAGUUUAUGUUUAGGCCGCCAGAGAAUAGCUCUGGUCCCCCGCCUAAUCAUGUUCUGUCGCAGCAAUUCUGCUGCCCUCGGGGGCUCACGCUAGAGGCGUUCAAGGCCAUGGCCACGCUACCUCUUGAAUAUCGUCUACAAUGAUCCAACAUCCUCGUCCAGUUAUUCAACCCAACGAUUGACUUCGGCGAGCCAGAUACUAUCCUAAUAGUGUCACAGGCUAUUCAUCAGGCCGGGCCACCCGGGGACACUGCCAUAUACCGGGCAGGCCACUGGUAGCUAUAGGACGAAGAG